AUGACACGUUCUGGUUGCUCUGCUUGUAUUCGGUUACGGUAUAGUCCGGGUGGUAAAUACAUGAUUUAUUAUUUUCAUGAGAGCCCUUCUCAUCCUUUUUUAACCCCAAGCUCUAUACCCUUUCCUAAAGAGUCCAGGCAAUUGACUCAGGUGCAAAAGAAUUUUAUUUUUAAUAAUGCCAAAUUGAACAUAGUGCCUGUUAAGUCCUAUAGGAUGAGUAAAGAACAUUGUGGAAGUUAUAACAAUGUUCGUGGUACAAAAACUGAUUUUAAAAACUUUUUUCGUGAUUUGAAAGUUUAUAUAGGCAAUAAAGACGGGUUUAUGUUCAAGGAAAAUUUUGAGAGGAAAGUAAAGGCUUCUAAUGGGGGUUUCUACUUUGAUUAUUGUGUUAACGAGCAUAGACAUCUUACUCUUUUUUCUCCUUUCACUGGGGUUGAUCACCACAAAAAGUGUGUCACUUUUGGUUCAACUUUGUUGUCAAAAGAAGAUACUGACUCUUUUGUUUGGUUGUUUGAGACAUUUUUGAAGUGCAUGGGUAAUUGUGAACCUUAUUGUUUGCUCACGGAUCAAGAUCCUGCUAUGUCAAUUGCUAUAGAGAAAGUAGAAACUGAUUUUUUGAAGAAGAUAAAUGCAGUGGUAUGGGAUUCUGAUUUGGAUCCAACUGAGUUUCUUAUUUUAGAGAUCUUUUUUAUGGGUGGCUUGUUGCGAGUUACUUCUCGUUCUGAAGGGGAAAACAAUUUCUUCUGUCAUUUUACAAAUCUACAUGUCACUUUAGUUGAGUUUGCUCGACGUUAUGAUAGCGCGCUUGAUGCCCAAAGACAUGAACAAGAUGAGUUGGUUAAGAAAUCCAAAAAUCUUCCUUCACUUAGUUGCAAUUCAUGUUAUGGUGAUGGUGAAGAGUUUUCUGUUGUUUAUGAUAAUGAGAGGCGCAAUAAUUAUGAUGUUACCUUCAACAUGAGUUCGGAUGAUACUACAUGCAGUUGUAGAAAGUUUGAGAGUGAAGGGAUAUUGUGUAGACAUAUCUUGUUUAUAAUGAAGGGCAAGUUCUUAUGUGAAAUUCCAUCUAAAUAUUUGCUGCGUUGUUGGUCAAAAGAUGCUCUUAAGCAACCAAUGUCAAAUUUCGAAGGUUGGUCAUUUGUGGAAGAUUCUUCAAGGAGUGAUAGAAAAAACAACUUCUCUCUGAUUCUACUUGUUGGCUCAAAGUUUGGGGAGGUUGAUGUUCUCGCUCUUAAUGUUUUUCUUAACAAGGGAUCCGGAAGAAGUUCCAAGAGUCUAAAGAGUGCGAAAGAGAAGAUAGCUGUUGAAGUGAAUACCACUGCAAAGAAGGGACGUACAUGCAAAGCUUGUGGCCAGUCAGGGGUAAACCACGACAGCCGAUCUGAGGAUGAACCAAGUCCAACCAAAAAUAGUGGGUACUGCUGA